UUCAAAUAAAUAUCACAAAACAAAUCCGUCCCCAAGCAGACGCGCACACCAAAAGUCUCCCAAUGCGUUGCAGCACCAACAAUGGAUUCUUGCUCCCCGGAACUCAAACUCGCUUCUUCUCCACUCCACCCGACCCCUUCCUCCGUCUUAAGCCGACCCGAAUCCCAAUUGGGUCCUUAACCAUAAAGGCCAAAAUCAAUGAUGCUUUGGUGAAAGAAUCCGCCGAGUUGAGCUUCUACGAGCUUCUGGGGAUACCCGAGUCAGGAACCUUGCCGGAGAUUAAGCAGGCCUACAAGCAGCUGGUACGGAAGUAUCAUCCUGACGUGUCGCCGCCGGAUCAGGUCGAGGAGUAUACGAAGCGGUUUAUUCGGGUCCAGGAGGCUUAUGAGACGUUGUCGGAUCCUAGAAGGAGAGCUCUCUAUGAUCGUGAUAUAUCUAAAAGCCUUCACCUCGCCUUCUCCGCCAGAAGACGAUAUCAAAACGACUUGGAGAUGGAAGACAGAAGCGAGUGGAAGAAUCGUUGGCAAUCUCAGCUGUCUGAGCUGAAGAGAAGAAGCAUGAAUAAGGAUGUGAAAGGAAACAUGUCAUGGGGAGCUCGAAUGCGCCGGCAAAGGGAAGAAUUAUCAAAGGACUUAUAGAUAUGUUUUAUUUUAUUGUAUAUAUGCAUGUUUCUACUUCAUAGAUAGUGUGUUUUUUCUUUUUCCUCUCCAGAAUGAGAAAAUUAAGGUGCUUUUGGGCGAAAAGUGUUGCUUGAAAGAGUUGAGGAGUAUUACUUUUCUAAUGGUAUUUGUUAGUUGCCGAGAAAUAGAAAUUGUAUAGUUUGCUUACUAAUCAUAUUAUAGGCAAUGAAUAUUGUACAUAUAAUUUUAUCAGACAUAAAAAAUUUCGUUAUAAUAAUUUUUGUUCUGUGUUC